GCUGAUAAUACUAACAUUGUAGUUCAGCUGAAGGAGGAAAAUGAAUUUGCCCACAGUAAAGUGCAGCUGUGGAUGAAAUCCUGUAAGCAAAUGGAAAAGGAAAAGGAAAUGUUGCAGAAACAAAUAGUUGAACGUGACGAACUAUUAAAGAAGAAAAAUCUAUCUGUGUCAAAGUGUAAGGAAGAAGGUGCUGAUGAGAAUGCUAUUAUAGAAGAACUGAAGUUAAAACUGAAAGAAUUACAGGAAUCUGUAGAAGUUAAAACCAGAGAAGUAAAUGAGACCUUGGAGAAAUACUGCUCUCUAAUUGUUAAGUAUGAUAAACUAGAGGAAGCAAACGAGAUGCUAAAAACACAAGUCAGUUUGUUGGGUGCUCAGCUGAAACAGCAAACAAGUGAUGCUGUCAGCAAUCCUUUGCUGAAUUUGGAUGAUUCAUCAGCAGGGAGCAAUCAGUCUGUCAAAGAGAUGAGGUCAGGUGAAGAUACUACUAAGCUUUCAGGUAAAAGACAGAGAUACGAGGACAACAGGAAAGAUAAAGGAGAACCAAGAUCCCCUAUGCCAGAGGUUUCAUCCAAAAAA